AUGGCGCCAGGAACGAAUCAUGUAUGGCUCUGGCUUGGAAUCGCCGCCUUCGGAAGCGUGCUUUACGUCGCUGGAGUUGUUGUCUACCGGAUAUUCUUCCACCCUCUGGCUAAAUACCCAGGCCCCUUGCUUGCGAAAGUGACGGAUUGCUACCAGCUCUACCACGCAUGGAAGGGUGACCGUCAUCUUGACUUUCAUAAGCUUCACAGCCAAUAUGGUAAAAUUGUCCGCUUCGGUCCCAACUCCGUCUCAUUCAACUCCGCCACAUCUCUGAAAGAAAUCUACGGAUUUCGAUCCAACGUCCGCAAGGCCGAAUUCUACAAUGCCUUCGUCCACCCCGCCCCGAACACCCACAACGCGCGCGACAGGGAGCUCCACGCCCGCAAGCGUCGCGUCCUCGCCCACGCCUUCUCGGACAGCGCGAUGAAGGAGAUGGAGCGGUACAUUCUCGGCAACGUGCGAUCAUUCACGACGGAAAUCGGCCGUGGUGGCUCGCCCGAUACCAAGGGAUGGUCGGAACCCAAGAACAUGACCGACUGGUGUAAUUACCUCGCCAUGGAUAUCCUCGGAGACCUGUCGUUCGGCAAGGCAUUCCACAUGCUCGAGGCCCCGGAUAAUCGCUUCGCACUGGAUUUGGUCGCGGCUGCAACCAAGAGACAUCUGAUCUGCGGCACGAUGCCGAUCGUCGACAAGCUCAAGCUCGAUAAGCUCCUGUUCCCGACCAUCGCGGCCGGUCGCGCCAGGUACAUGGCGUACAGCAAGGGCCAAUUGACCGAGAGAACGAAAAUGGGAGAGGACACCGACCGUAGAGACUUCUUCUACUACCUCCUCAAGGCGCGCGACCCGGAGACCGGACAAGGUUUCUCGACGCCUGAGCUCUGGGGAGAAUCCAACCUACUUAUCAUCGCCGGCUCUGACACGACAUCGACUGCCAUGGCUGCCACCAUCUUCUACCUCGUGCGCAACCCGGUUGCCCUCGCUAAGGUGACUGAGGAAGUCCGCAGCAAGUUCUCCAACGUUGAAGAGAUCUGCCAAGGCGCGACUCUCAACUCAUGUCACUACCUGCGUGCCUGCAUCGACGAGGCAAUGAGACUCUCUCCCUCAGUGGGCGGCCUUCUCCCGCGCGAGGUCCAGGCCGGCGGCAUGACCAUCGACGGAGAUCACAUCCCUGCCGGCACCGUCGUCGGAACACCGCACUACACCAUUCACCACAACGAGGAAUACUAUCCCUCGGCGUAUUCAUACAUUCCCGAGCGCUGGCUAGUCGGCGCGACAAACCCGGUCUCGGGCCAGCAGACGACGGAGGCGGACACGGCGAGGGCGCAGAGCGCGUUCUGUCCGUUUUCGAUCGGUGCGAGAGGGUGCAUCGGCAAGGGACUCGCGUACGCUGAGAUGUCUACCGCGAUCGCGCGCACAUUGUUCUUGUAUGACAUGCGCAAGGCGGUCGGCGUCGUUGACCCGGCCGAGGGGCGGGCUGAUUUGGAAGAGGGACGGAGGAGGGUUUCGGAGUUCCAGCUGUAUGACACUUUUACGAGUAUGAAGGAUGGCCCGUUGGUGGAAUUCCGGGAGAAGGCUUAG